AUGCGAAUCCCAUGCAGAAAGGUAUCAUUUGUAGGUGUCCGGGGCAACUCGUAUCUUGGUGACAUUUCCCUUGAUGAAGUUAGCGUUAGCGAUGCUGAGGAAUGCAAAAAUUUGGGGCCCAAACAGGGAGACGUGGGAGGCAAUCCCAAGGAAGGAAACUGCAAUUUUGAAAGUAAGAAUAAAGUUGAUACAGGGAAAUGCAAAUGGCUCGAUGUUAAGGAUGACCAGUUUGAUUGGACGAUUCAUUCAGGAAAAACACCAUCGUCUGGAACUGGGCCAUCUUCUGAUCACACACUCUCAAGAGGUCCGCAACGGCGUUCGAAAGAAGGCAAAUACAUUUACAUUGAAAGUUCCAGUCCACGUAGACCGGGACAUGAAGCCAUGCUUCGUGUCAAACUUGAGGGCCGGUCUUUCUGCAUGCAGUUCUGGUAUCACAUGUACGGUGAUCCUGGAUCACUGACAGUUAUGCGGAUUGUGAAGCAGGAAAAAGAUGACCAUAUACCAACGCGAAAGGACUUUAAGAAGGAACUGCACAAAGAGUGGGAAAGAUCUGAGAUAAGUGUCGACAAAUGGCUGCUAGCUGAAGUUGAACUUGCAGUGGUCCGAUCUGUGCGACGAGGAACUGUUCAUUGGAUCGCAAUUGUGGGUUCAGUUGGCCGCUCAUACAGAGGAGAUAUCGCCGUCGAUGAUAUUGAGUUCUCUGAAGGACGCUGCUCCUCGAGGAGGAGGUCUUAACGUUAAAACCUCCAACUGAGUGCCUUUUCCUGAGAAUACCCUUUUCCUCAGCUUAUCAGACAAAGCUGGAGUGAUCUCAUGGUUGAUAAAUCGCUGUGUGCCUUUCCACAGAAUAAAUAAAUUCAGUAUGAAAACGUUUGACAGUUGUGCCGAUUUAUACGGCUACAGGAUAAAUAGGAUGGUAAAACACUUACUGGAUCAUAAAUGUCAGUUAUCCUCUUCAAAAACAAAUUACAGAAAGGUGUUACAUAACAUACAUUUAAGUAAAAUUGUAAUAUUUAAAAGGAUUCGCAAGGAUCGUUCGAUUUUUGAAGGAAUUACAGUGUAGGUCUUGCUCUUUCUUUUUGUGCAUAUUCAAUAACGAUAUUCUACAGUUAACAAACACAAAAAGAUAUUGAGGAGCAUAAGGUUUAAGAACCUUAACUUUAAUCUGAAUAUCGAAAGUACCAAAAUUGAGUGUAACUUUUUACAUAUGUUGUAGUUAGUUCCUGAGCUCAGCUAAAAUAAUUUAAAAUAAUUUUUGAUUUCCACUAUGCGUGUUUCGUCCUCUUCCAGUUUGUUAAUUGUUUUUCAAUUCGUUGUUGUUUUUUUUUCAAAUUAUUUUUUUCAAUUUUCCCUUAGUCAGUAAUAAUUACAGACUGAAAUAAUAAUUAUUGAAAAAAAGUCAAUUACCCGAUCGAAGAAAACGAACCACGGAUAGUUGAAAUCAAAAAUUUAUUGAGGUGAGCACCAACUUAUAUCAUGUUUGAUCCUCUGACCUCAGUGUGUGAAAAUCUUUGGAAUCAAGAUCCCUAACAGUUUUAUGUAGUCCUUGGCAUGGCAUAUCCAAAAGGUCACGAAAGGAGUAAACUGUACUUAGACUGUAAAAAAUCUGUGCUUGUAAUAACUUGAAGAAAAAGAACGUUUUUGAUUUUGCAAGACAUGUUUGGACAGUUUUCAGGGAUAGUCGGUUGCAAAAUGUCUGUUAAAUUUGAAUAUUGUCUUUGGAGCAUCCGAAAAUGACACAAUAGUGUGUGUUCUCGUCUUUCAAUCUGUAACGUGAGUGAUUUUUAAUAAAGAACACAUCAGUUUGAAGAAUUUCCUCUGCAAGGCUUGACCAGGCUUAGAUUGCAUUUGAAUAAGACUUGUAGGGGCAAAAGGUCGAUUAAUAAACCAUUUCAAGAGAUAGUUGUUUGUACCUGACACAUUUAGUUACAAAUAAUUUAGUGAUUCAGUAAACUGAUCAAAAUUGUUUUUCACAAGCUAAGAAGUUCCCAUUCAAGCACUCUCUAAAAGACUGCACUGCUUAACUAAACACUUGCUAAAAAGGUUUUAAUCUGAUUUAGUUAACACAAUAACAUCAUAAACCUAAGUUGUUAACAAAAUUGUUUUUGGUUGCUCGAGGAAAUAUUACGUGGUCUGAAAUGGGAAGACAAACCGCUCAAGCUAAAAAGGUCUAUUAAAGUUGAGGAAAUUCGUUUCAGCUGAGCUCAGAUAGAAUGUCAUUAUGGUUUCCGACAUAGACGUGUUGUUGGUUCUCUGUUAAACAUAUUUUGAUGUUGUUGUUGUUUUCUUUUUUCAAAUUUUCAAAAGCAAUGCGCUUUUGAUUAUAGUUUUGCAAAUCAUCUGCAAGUGCAUGUUAAUUUAUACUGUCACUAUCUGGAGACGUGUUUCGAUGGUAUCGUUAGAGUCACAGGUUUGAUUUCAACAGGAAGAUUAAGUGUUUUGUUAUGUUUUUCUAUGGCACACGAAAUAAAAGAGGCAUUGACGUUUUUUAUCGAUAUCUCAGUCAUGGAGACGUGAGAGUGUAUGUAAUUGCAGACCUCCGUGUAAAAGAAGCAUAACAAAGAUAACCAUUUUAAUAAACGAAUAAGGAACAAACAACAACUAGAUCAUAUUUUCUAGAUCUAGCACAAAAAUCCCAUUACUAUAAUUAAAUGAAAUGAAUAAAAAUCAACGGGAGACUUUAUAUUUCGAUCGAGCAAGGAGCUGUUAUGUGUAGCACUACAAAAUAAAUUCUACAGAAAAAAUUCUUAUCAAACUCAACAUCAGCAGAUGUCGAUAUAAUAGUGUUACGGACUUAGCUUAGUGUUCAAAUAGUAUAUUAGUAAAGUUUUCGUUUUCGUGUCCUUUUCGUCAUAUAACACGGAAAUAGGUUCGGCUUACCGAAUUGUAAUCGCAAUAACUUACAUUUCUUAUCAGUACCUCUUCGAUAUUUAUCGGAAAGGCUAGAAUUUCGAAGUAUUA